UUGAUAUCUUUCCUCUCCUUUCCUUACUUUGUCAUUUCUUUCCUUGAGGUAUCGCAUGCUCCAGCUCCACCAGUUUCAGCUAAGGUCUUCAAGCAGGAGAUCACAAACAUUGUUGACUACUCAGAGUUCACAGCUCCGCCUUUGAAAGAAGAAACGGAACCAGUACCACACCAGAUUGUUUGGGCAGAAGCUGAUGGUGGAAAUGGUCGAAGUUACUAUUUCCAUAUCUAUACUGGAGAAUCAACAUGGGACCAGCCGAAGGUUUUCUAUACUAAAGAACAAUAUGCCGCCCUGAUUCAGAGUGCAGACAAUCCUUGCUCAAGUGCGGAAAGUCCUGUGAUGAAAAAGGAGGAACCCUCAUCGAGUGAUUGUAAUGGAAGUGAAUUGCCUUCGGUCGACAUUCCACAAGAAGAGACGUCAGCUAUGCCGGAAGUCAAAACUGAACCUUGCGAGGAAGAAGCGGCUAAUGUUUCGCAUGACAUUUGUGAUAUACCACUUCCAGGACCUUCAUGUGCCGAUGCUUCUACAAAUCAAGAACACCCUAUUGGAUCAACUGAUAGUUAUCCAGAACCUCCUACUGGAUCAACUAAUCAACAUAUUGAAGAAAUCCCACCAAUAGCAGCAGCGCAGUCUAUUGUUUCUCAUGAAGGAGUAAAAACUGAAGUAAUGGACGAAUCGCAGGCUCAAACACCACAUGGUAAUUCGGAACAGGUACAAGUACAACAACCGCCUGAGGAAGAAACUCCUGCGCCAUCCAGUGGACCCCUGGGUUCUUGGACGAGAGUCACGAAAGUUGACAGUGGGCCAGUAUUCUCACCUCUCACUGCUAAAUAUCGUGCAGAAAAGGAGAGAGAACGAAAGGAGGCUGAAGCACGAGAAAAAGAAACGGAGAAGCUGGAACCUUUGAUAUUUACGGAAAAGACCAGUGCUGUAUUGACAAAGAAGGUGAAAGGACCAAUCGAGUUUAAGAAAAGGUCGGCAACUAAGCAUGUGCGGCAACGAGCGCAGUAG